AUGCAGGCUUCUAAUGCUUCUGCCUCCACAGACGCGGACAGCAAGGAGGGCGGAGAAGCCACGGGGCUGUUUGACCUGACAGCAGUGCUGACGCACAAGGGCAGGAGUGCAGACUCGGGACAUUAUGUGGCAUGGGUGAAGCAGGAGAGCGGCAAGUGGAUAGAGUUUGAUGACGAGCAGCCCAUCAUGCGCAACGAGGAGGAGAUCGUCAACCUGGCGGGCGGAGGCGACUGGCACAUGGCUUAUAUUCUGCUCUACAAGGCCCGCCUUGGAUAG